AUGGAAUUACGCCAACGGAACGUAUCACGAGAUAUAGACGGUAAUAAAGGUACGACCAGAAGAAAUAUGCUGAAAGAUGUUAAAGCCGAUUGGUCGCCUGAUAAGAAGUCGCAGUAUUUGGGUUUUCGACAUUGGUUGUUAAUUCUGAUAGUUAUUGGCGGAAUCUAUGGAUUUGUAGUUUAUCAGGAUAAUCGAAUGCCCAAGGUCAAGCCAGCAGGGCAAUUUGAGGAAUUCUCAGAAGAAAGAGCACGAUUGUUGUUACAUUCACUUGCGGACCUUGGACCACGUACCAGUGGCUCGGAAAAUUGCGAAAUAACUCGAGGAGUGAACCGUUUAGACAUUGAUGUCCAGCGACCAUCGGGAUGCUUUGAUCUCGGAUUCUUAUCAUCAUUCACCCUAUGCUAUCACAAAAUAACUAAUAUUAUUGCACGAAUUGGACCAAGAGAUCCACCAAAGCACUCAAUUUUAUUGAAUUGUCAUUUUGAUACGUUCCCGAGUUCGCCAGGUGCUACAGAUGAUGCUGUAAGCUGCGCAGUUAUGAUGGAGGUUAUGGAUAUCAUAUCUCAUUCGAAGGAACCUCUCCAGAAUGAUAUAAUUUUUCUUUUUAAUGGAGCUGAAGAAAAUUUUUUGCAAGCAUCACAUGGUUUCAUUACACAACAUCCAUGGCGACAUUCCAUUCGAGCAUUUGUAAACUUGGAGGGUUCUGGUGCUGGUGGCCGUGAAAUACUGUUUCAGGCUGGACCUGGAAAUUCCUGGCUUUUGCAUACUUAUCUGGAAAAUGCACCUCAUCCUCACUGUAGUGUUUUAGCGCAAGAAAUAUUCCAAGCUGGUAUUAUACCAUCUGAUACAGAUUUUCGGGUUUUUCGAGAUUACGGUCGUGUUUCAGGUCUUGAUAUUGCUUAUUUUCGAAAUGGUUGGGUUUAUCACACGGAGUUUGAUACUCCGAAAUUUAUCACUCCAGGAUGUAUUCAAAGAGCUGGCGAGAAUCUGCUUGCCGUUACUAAGGCUUUGGUUAAAUCUCCAUAUUUGGAUCGACCAGGCGAUUUCGAACAAGGUAACCGUUGGGUAUUUUAUGACGUCGUUGGAAUCUUUACGGUCUUUUAUCCGAUAACCGUGGGACAAAUUCUCAAUUAUGCUACUGCAAUAGCAGUUUUUAUCGUUAUCGUGUAUCGUAUCGGAAAAGGAUUUUAUAAUUUAAUGGAUUUAUUCAAAGCAGUUUUUGGUCAUAUUGUUGCGGCAAUUGUCAUGCUUGCAACAGGGGCAUUAAUUGCCUUAGCUGUAACCAAACUGGACAUGAUAAUGUGCUGGUAUUCACUUCCGGAACUUGCUUUUCCUCUCUACAUAUUUCCUCUUCUUAUCGCUGGUUGUGCUACUCAUGCGGUUUUGGCUCAACUACAUAAAAGACCUAAUCAAGAAAUGGUACAUUUCGAUGGUGUUUUAUUAUUGUUUUCAAUAUCGCUAGCACUUGCGACAUAUGCUGGUCUUGCUGGUGCAUCUUUUCUGCUUUACAAUUCAUUCUUUUUAUUACUUCGCGAUCCACUGCUUUGGCUUCUAGGACGGAUGCGAUUUAUAACAAAAAUCUCUCCACAAUGGUUAUUACUCACACAACUGUUCUGUACUGUUCCUGUAAUGGUAUUCGAUGCUUAUUCAGCAAUUUUACUUUUUGAAUUCUUCGUUCCGGUUACAGGACGUAUGGGUGCAGCAGUAAACCCAGAAUUUGUUAUUUUACUAAUGAGUCUUUUUGUUGCACUAUGUUUUGUACUUUUUACGAGUAAUCUGCUAUAUGUUAGCCGUCGCGUGGACUAUUUGCUAAAAUGUGGUUUAGUAUUGUAUUGUGUGUUUUUUAUAGCCGUAUUCAGUACAAGGCUUGGCUGGCCUUAUAAAUAUUCCGAAGAAAGUCCUCGUCUGAGACGUCUCAUUACAUUGGAUACAGAACGAUCAAUUUAUCCCUUCCGCAGUAACAUAUCAAUUCAAGAACAUGCAUUGUUCGUACAAACAUUAGAUUAUCGUGGUAUUAGCGACUUACCAGAACACACUUUUUUGACCGGAAACAGUGAACCCAACUGUACUGGUAUCAAGGAUGAAUAUUGCCGUCUUCCAUAUUACAUAGCUGUUCACGAGCUGUUUCCUCCGCGGGAGUCUCGUUGGAUACCAUUACCUGGUCAUCAACGGAUAGCUGAUCCUAUCAAAAUCACCAAUGUCGAGAAACACUUGAUAUCGAAAUCUGAAUUGCGAUUGAGUUUUACGGUUUCGGGUGGUACUGAUAAAAUGUCAUUGCACUUAACACCUAUGGACGAUUUUGAAAUUGACAGUUGGUCAUUUACAAAAUUCCGGUCCGAUGCUUUUAGUAAACGCAAUACUUAUUUUGUUUUUCUUUGUUAUGGUGCCGAAGGUCCAAAAGAACGAAAUUUCUGGAUUGUGCUUAAAAGGGGAGAUAACGAUUUCAAUGAAUUAGAUAUUAGCGAGACACCCGUUUUGGAAAUAUCAGUGGCAACACAUUACGCUCAUGGACGUUAUCAAUAUUCUGAGACUCUUAUGCAACUCCGAUCAUUAAUUCAAUCACGCAGAAAAACACCACAUUUGGCUAUAGGUUGGUGGAAAUGGGCAAUUACAACAACUGCUGCAGUCUCCGAAAUUGUGGUCUACACAUUUUGA